AUGGCGUCGGGACCAAGGGGAUCAAGUGAUGCCGUCUUACGUCAGAGGUGUCUAAAGGAUUUUCAUGAUUUUCAUCAGUUUCGUUAUGCACUUGAGGCAUCGGAGUGGAUGUGUGAAGAAAAGGUCUUUAAUAUUUUUUCGAAAGACUAUGCAGAUCGGCUUCAACUGGUUGAUAUAGUUCUUGGUUUAGAAGAAACGGAGAAAUUCUUCAAAACCAUACCCGAAAACAUGAGGGAUUACUCUGUCUACGACAGUCUCUUGACAUGUUACGCUAAAUCUCCGAAAACACUAGAUAAAGCUGAGGCCACAUUUGAGAAGAUGAGAGAUCUUGGUUUCCUCUUUAAACCUUCCCCGUUCCAAUCGAUGAUUAAUCUCUACGGUCGGGUCAAUAAAAAACAUAUGGUCAAGAAGCUUGAACGUGAAGCGAUUGAGAACAAUGUGCAUAUGAACAAGAAUACAGAUGUUUUGAGUUUAUGCAGGACUUAUAAAGGAGGUAUGUACUCUGUAUUGAAUCAUAUUAAGAAGAGAGGAAAGAUGAUGGAUGAUGAAUGUCUAAGUAGGAUAAGCUAUUUGUUGGAGAUUAACGAUUUACAAGGAGCAGAGAAGUUAUUUGAAGAGUGGAAACCGGUAGGAACUGAGCUAGAUAUUAGAAUACCGAAUUUGCUGAUUUCUCGGUUUAGUGCGGAAGGGAAUAGAUCCAAGGUUGUGGAAUUGGUUGAUUCUACAAGAAGAAAGAUGGUUGAGAUGCAUUUAUGGACGCUAAAAUUUUGGUCGACUGUUUUGGUGUUUAGUGGUGGCCUUCUUGUAACUGUGGGUUACAUUGUUGGUUGCAAUGUGUGGCUCCUUAGAGAGUAUCCUAUUAUAAGUGUGCCAUUUUGUUUGUAUCUCGUUCUAAAGCACCCCAUUAUGUUUGGUUCCCUUUGCUAUUAUGUAGUCACUAGAUAA